UAAAGAAGAAGAAGAAAAAGAAGCUUGCGGAUAGUACAAAUUCUAUUUUGAUGAUUUUACUGCAUAAAAUAUAGUUAUUCUGAUUUAUUAAUGUGUCGAACCUAUACGAUAAAAUACUGUAAAGCAUAUUAACGACUCAUGCCCAUUAAAACUUCGUAUUAACAUAGCAAACUUUCUAAAAAAGCCACCGUGUUUGUCGCCACGCAUAAAUCAUGGAAGACAAAUUAAAACUCGACAAACAUGCUAUGAAAGAUAGUGCGACUGCACAUCUUCGCAUUUAUGUCGGCGGUCUCAAAGACGAAGUAACAGUAGAAGAUCUGUACAAUCACUUCAUACAGUAUGGAGAAAUAGAUGGUAUUAUACUCAACAGGGUGUUUGGGUUUGUACAAUUCAGUACGGAAGAAUCUGCACAGAAUGCACUUUCCAAUGCGGCUGGGAGUAUGAUUUUGGGUAAAAAGAUUAAUGUCCGCCCAGCUCAGAAGAACUUAACAAGGAAAGAGGAGCAUCAGCCGAUACAGCAGGAGGUAUCGGUGGAUAAUGCAGGCCAUGAUGAUAGUACUAAUGAUCAGUAUGAUAUUCAUGGCAACUUUAUAGGAGAUCAGUAUCCCAGAGAGGAGGAAUAUGAAGAGACAGGCUACAAGGAGAACUGGUAUGAGCCGGUGCGGGGCGGACCGCGUGGGAGGGGCAUGCGCGGGCGAGGGAGGGGCCGCGGUGGCCCGCCUCCCUUUAGAGGAGGCUCGCCUAAACGAGGACCAGCAGAGUGGCCGGAGCGCUAUGACCGGUUCAAGCCGGAGUACCCGCGCGCCCUGCCCGUGCCCGAACGCAACGACUGCGAGAUCAUUGUAGUGUCUAAAGCGCUCACAGAAUACGCCGAGUACAUAGAAAGCAGACUGAAGAGGUUGGGUAUAGUUGUAGACCUGCUGUUUCCCAUGGAAGACGUACCAAUCGGCAAAGUGCUGGGCAACAUAGCGUCGCGCGGCUGCCUGUAUGCCAUACUAGUGACGGCGCCAAACCAGGAACACAGAUCUCUGACGCUCACAAUACUACAUGGACUGCCCCAAGAGCACCGCAACAUGCCGCUCGAGGACGCGCUGUCGCUGCUGUCCCGCAACUUCGCCGAGGUGCAGCGCGGCGGCAGCGGCGGGCGGGAGGCGGUGUACGCGCUGCUGGGGCAGCUGGCCGACGGCGGCGCGCUUACCGUGCUGCAGUACGAGAAGGUCAUUGAGUUCCUACAGGAGAAAAAAGAACAACAGAAGAAAUUAGAACUAGGCGAGGAGCCGCCCAGUAAAACGGAAACGGAACUGCAGCAGAGGAUUCUCAGUAUACUGAACGAUAAAAAACCGGCGUUGAAAAAUGAUCCACCACCUGUUGCGGCGCCCGCACCGAAACCAGACAAAACGCAGCUCUUGAAUGACCCAUCCGUUAAAAAAGCAUUGGACUCUAUAUUGCAGAGAUUCGUUUAAUUUUUUUUUUAAUUAUUUAGAAAGUGGCAAGGCUAAAUGAUGGUAAAUUAAAAUUGAUGUCAGUAAUAUGAGUGAAGCGUUAUUGACUUGGCCCACUUGUGCUGAACAUGGCGCAAUAAAUAUGAAAAAAUUAAAACUAAGAUUCAGCGGGGCUAAAAUGGUCACA